AUGGUAAAGAAUAAAUAAAUAAAUAUUGUCAACACUUUCCAGAUAAUAUUCUAUGAGGACAGAAACUUCCAGGGUCACAGUCAUGAGGUCAGUGGUGACUGCCCAGAGUUGACCUCAUAUCUGAGCCGCUGUUGCUCAUGCAAAGUGGAAAGUGGCUGUUUCAUGGUUUAUGAACACUCCAACUUCAUUGGUCACCAAAUGCUUGUAAGAAGAGGAGAGUAUCCUGAUAACAAGCACAUCAUGGGAACCAACACAAGUGACUGCAUCAGAUCUUGCAGGAUGAUCCCGAUGCAUAAAGGGACGUUUAGAAUGAGAAUCUUUGAAAAGGAAAAUUUUGUCGGCCAAAAGUACGAGCUAAUGGAUGACUGUGAGUCAAUCCAGGAACGCUUCCAUAUGUCCGGCUGCAAGUCCUGCAAUGUCACGCAUGGCCACUGGCUGAUGUACGAACUACCUUAUUUUGAAGGCAGAAUGGUAUACCUCAGGCCAGGGGAGUACAGCAAUUUUGGAGAUUUGGGUUUAAGCCCAGUGAUUGGUUCGAUAAGACGUAUAAUGGAGUCUUGUUAAAGGAAAAUAAACUUCCUUUUAUAGAAACCAAACAAGACAAAAAUGUUAUAAGGCAUUACUAUGCACAGUACCUGUAAAUUUGUCAAUACUCAUUCAGCAUAUAUGAUUUUAUUGCAUAAAAUGUGUGCUGAAAUAUAUACAGUUUAUGUAGAAAAUAAGAUAUAAUUUAUUGUUUGGUAAAUAAUUAAGCUUUGGUCACCUUUAUUUUGAUUUUGUCCACAACUUCUUGCCUCAAAAAGCAAUAUUGUUUCAGAACUCUAAAACCAGAUUGUGACUUCUUGUUUAAAAAUUAUUAAACUUUUCAUUGAUAUUUAAAAAAAUU